UGCAGCGAGGGGGCAAAACUCCUGCUGUCCCACGGCCACUGAAGUCCCUCCGGCCGGCAGCGCUGUCGGUUCCGCUCACUCGCAGUGGAACGCCGUCUGCCCCACACCGCACUCCCCCCCCGCUGCCGCUAGGGGGCGCAGAGUGCUCAAUCCGCGGGAGCCGCCGUGUUUGGAAACAACGUGGCCGCAGCCCCAUUGGGUGCUGCCUCCACACACGGCGAGUGGAGGGCGGUCACAGCCGGUGGGCGGUGGGAGGAGGUGCUCCUUGCUGUUGGUGGCGGCUGAGGUUACUUCACAGCUGCCUUGGCUUUCUGGUAAAGGCAUCCAGUGUGUGAAAAUACUACGAGCCCUAAUCGAGCGUCGCCUUCUCCAGGGGAUGUGGCGGAGGAAACAGACUCGGUGACGAUGACAUCAGAGACUAGCAAAACACUCAAGUGAGGGGAAGCGGUGUGCGGCAGGAGAGUCUUGUGGUUCCCCAACCCGCAGCGGGAGUGUAAGGGGUCCUUUGGGGUAGCUCUGCGCUGAGCUGCAGACUCUGUGUAGUUAUGAAGAACAUCUAAACACCUUUAAAAACUCUCCUUCUCCUCAUUGUCGCUUAGAACGGGUACUUACAGUUCGCUGUCACUCAAGAAAGAACUUAGUGGCCAUGGCCCACCCCUAAGUGUGUAAACUGCGAAAGGGGAAAACCGCGGGUGCGGCAUAUGACGAAGGAAAGGGUCGGGACAGCGGCGGCGCCCUGUGUAUUGCUUACUGUGGCCACCAGGCGGCGCACUGUCCCUCGGACUCGAACUCCCGUCCGCCCCCGCGGAGAGAGCCCACGGGAGGCGCGAGGAGCGCGCCGCGCGGCGUGUCGGGAGCUGUAGUUCCAGUGGGGGCGCCGGGGCUGCCGGGAGCUGUAGGCGAGCGGCGGCCGGGACUCGGUUUCCCGUGGCGCUGCGCGGCGGUUGCUGACGCUGGGACCGGGGCGGCGGAGCUGGGGCGGGGAGCCCGGACAGGGAGCGGGCGCCGUACCGGGGCGGCGGAGCCGCGCCGCGCCGGCUGCCAUGGACUCGCGGGUGUCGGAGCUGUUCGGGGGUUGCUGCCGGCCGGCAGGCUGUGGAGCGGGUGGCGCGCUGCGCGGGCGCGGGGGUGCCGCGCCCGGUGGCGGCGGCAGCGGCUCGAAGGCGAAGAAGAAGAAUGGGCGGAGCCGGGGAGGCAAGGCCAGCAACCCGCCGUACCUGCCGCCCGAGCUAAAGCUGGUGAACCCCUCGCAGUACCGUUUUGAGCACCUGGUGACACAGAUGAAGUGGCGACUGCAGGAGGGCCGAGGUGAGGCUGUCUAUCAGAUCGGUGUGGAGGACAACGGGCUGCUGGUGGGCCUCUCGGAGGAGGAGAUGCGUGCCUCGCUCAAGACACUGCGCCGGAUGGCAGAGAAGGUUGGGGCUGACAUUACGGUGCUGCGAGAGAGGGAAGUUGAUUACGACAGUGACGUUCCAAGGAAGAUAACAGAGGUGCUUGUACGAAAGGUGCCUGACAACCAGCAGUUCUUAGACCUUCGAGUAGCUGUGCUGGGGAAUGUGGACUCAGGGAAGUCAACCCUGUUGGGUGUCCUGACUCAAGGAGAGCUGGACAAUGGGCGGGGCAGAGCACGACUCAACCUUUUCCGGCAUCUUCAUGAGAUCCAGUCAGGGAGAACAUCGAGCAUCAGCUUUGAGAUCCUUGGCUUCAACAGCAAAGGAGAGGUGGUAAAUUACAGUGAUUCCCGAACAGCAGAGGAGAUCUGUGAGAGUUCUUCCAAAAUGAUCACUUUCAUUGACUUGGCUGGCCACCACAAGUAUCUGAAAACAACCAUCUUUGGCCUCACCAGCUACUGCCCAGACUUUGCAAUGCUGGUGGUUAGUGCCAACACUGGCAUUGCAGGCACAACGCGAGAGCACUUGGGCUUGGCCAUGGCCCUCAAGGUCCCCUUCUUCAUUGUCAUAAGUAAAGUUGACUUGUGUUCAAAAGCCACCGUGGAACGGACAGUGAAGCAGCUGGAGCGCAUCUUGAAGCAGCCAGGCUGCAACAAGCUCCCCCUCCUUGUCAACUCAGAUGAUGAUGCUGUUACAGCAGCACAACAGUUUGCACAGUCUCCCAACAUCACCCCAAUCUUCACACUGUCCAGCGUUUCUGGGGAGAACCUGGAUCUUUUAAAAGUCUUCCUCAAUAUCCUCCCUCCGCUAACCAACAGUAAAGAGCAGGAAGAACUAAUGCAGCAACUCACAGAAUUUCAGGUAGACGAAAUUUAUACUGUGCCAGAGGUGGGAACAGUUGUGGGAGGAACUCUAUCAAGUGGGAUCUGUCGAGAAGGGGAGAAUCUAGUUGUUGGUCCCACUGACGAUGGGAAGUUCCUGCGGCUGAAGGUGUGCAGUAUCCAGCGCAACCGCUCCGCCUGCCGCGUGCUGCGGGCUGGGCAGGCAGCCACGCUCGCCCUCGGACCCUUUGACCGCUCCCUGCUGCGCAAGGGCAUGGUCAUGGUGAGCCCAGAAAUGAACCCCACCAUCUGCUCAGUGUUUGAGGCCGAGAUAGUGCUGUUGUUCCACGCUACGACUUUCCGGAAGGGGUUUCAAGUGACGGUGCACGUGGGCAAUGUGCGACAGACUGCUAUCGUGGAGAAGAUCCAUGGAAAGGACAAGUUGCGGACAGGAGAGAAGGCAGUUGUCCGUUUCAGGUUCAUCAAGCAUCCUGAGUACUUGAAGAUUGGAGCCAAGCUGCUUUUCCGUGAGGGAGUCACCAAAGGCAUUGGGCACGUCACUGAUCUCCAAGCCAUUACCACCAAAGAAAAUGGUGUGGAGGAUUCCCUGGGGCCUGGACAGCUGAGCUUCUGACUAACGCUAGGUCAGACAGAUCUCACCAGCAACAGGGGAGAAGGGUGGAAGCUCCUGUGGUUCUCUGAGCAAUGCCUGGGGCUGCUGCUGGCCCGUUACAGCAUGAGUUUACCUCCUCUGCACUGUAAGAUGGAGCCUGGGAAAGUUUCUUGCACCCAGUGCCAUACGUGGGGCAAGCUGAGCAUGUUCUCCACGUCGCCUGCAGCUUUUGUUACCCUGCUCUCAUUCGGAAUAUGUCUGAGGUGCUUGGCAGGCCUGGGUAGGCAAGUUGUGGCUUUGUUUUGAAAAUUAUUGGUUGGGAGGAGCAGAACCCUGAAGACUAGCAGUGAAGGGGAUAUUUUUCCAUCUCUAACGUAAGAUCUAGUCCUGUUUCUGCUCUCUGAGCACUGGGUUGUUAACAGUUCUCUCUUGAGUUAUCCUACAGCACAUCGCUCUGGGCAGGGGAUGGAAGAGGCCCUGCUACCCCCAGCAGGGGCUUGGUUGAAUCUCUCAAAAUUCAUUCAGGACACUUUUUAACCAUUUUAAUCUUGGUUGACUUCAGUCUGCUGUGUCCAUUUGUGUGUUGGUUUUGUAUUACUCCUAUCUGAGUGUCUUAUUGUUGGGCAAGUGUCCUAUUCCUGCUCAUCUGUGCACGCUCUUUCAGCAUCCCACUUUAUGACUUUUGGGAAGCUGUGGCUGCUCUAAGUGGCACAGCCUCCCAAAGUAAUAGCAUGAAGGCAGAGCUUGCACUCGCAGCUAUUCCUCGUAGCAGCUGGGCAGAAGACCAUUCUUUGGAAUCAAGUGGAUCCUGUGCCUAUGCUGGCAUGUGCAGGUUGUUUCCAUGGAUGCCUGGCUGCAGAUGUCAUCUGCAGGCAGCAGUGGUUUGCAGUAGGCUCUUAGUGUGGCUAUUCCAGAGCCUAGCCUAGCUUGGUCCUUGUGUGCUUGCCUUAAUGUGUGAGGAGGACAGGCUUUGUUACUAAAGCAGAAACAGAUGACUUCUAAUGUUUAGAUGUGAUUUGACAGUGGCAUGAUGUUUAUUUCUCUUUCUCCUCAAGAAAGACUUUUCUUUCCCUGGCCACUGGGGUUUGUUGUCGGAGGAAAGCUGGUGUUGCCAGCAAGGACUCUGCGCACGAAGGGUGGAGCACUUUUGUCUCCCACUCGCUGUCAUGCAGCUCCUCUGUGUGACCCUGGUGUUGCAGGGCCUGGAUAGCUGUACAUAGGCUUUUGGGUUUAUUGUUGACUGUUAGACCAAAUGUGUCAGCUGUGAGCAGCAGGCUUUCAGCCAGCUCUGACACGUAGUAUGGUGGCCUGCCAGCCCUGACCAAAGUGAAGCGUGAGGGCCUGUGAUAGCACUUGGACACCCAAACAUCCUUUCUGUGCUCAGAGCAAGUUCUGCUUCUGGGCUCCCGGCACAGGCAGUGCCUGCAGCACCGAGUGGCCUGUGCUGAUCUGCGGCUGUCACUAAGUGGCACUCUCCACGGGGCUGGGCUCUAGCAGGUAGGGGAGGUGGUGGCUGCGCUCUGCAAAGACCAUGCUGAGGUGUGGGAAGCUGAUGACAUAGUGGCAUGAGUGAAGGGAUUCAGAGACAGCUCGAGUGCAUUGUCCCUUGUGGGGAGCACUGACCCAGCUGGAAAUCUGCCUCUUUCUCAUCAGUGCAGCAAUGAGACAGCAGCCGCUGGCUCAGGGUCCCUGCCCUCUUUCUUCCCAUCCUGUCAGCAGUCUGGGUGUUGCACUGGCACAGACUUUCACCCGUACCCACAAAGGCAAACCCAGCUGCCAGCAGGCUCUUCCCUUCGGUGCUAGUGGGUCACAAAGAAAGCUGCGUGGGGUAUGGAGGGGACUCCAGCUGUUUGCAGUAGCCCUGGCAUUUUCUGCCCCAAAGUGGGCAUGGGGUGCUGUGACCCUCUCUGGAAUAGCUGAUGGCUGGUCUCACCUUAUCCCUGCCAUCUGUGACAUGACUGUUCUUGGUGCCAUGCUCUUCAUAAUUGCUGUUGUGUUGUCUUGAAUUUUUCUAAUGCUGGGGCUUGUUCCCAUUCCCCAAGCAUCUAUAUAUAAAUGUACAGAAUAAAGACGUUUUAUUGA